AUGAAAAGAUUUUGGGAAUUGGAGGAAUACCAAACCGAUAAUACGCGAUUGUCGGUAGAAGAGGAAUGUUGCGAGAGGCAUUUCAUAACCACAAGUAGAGACGCGUCGUCCGGGCGGUUUGUCGUUCGGCUGCCGUUUCGUGAAAACAAAACAAUGUUGGGUCGAUCGAGAGAGAUCGCGCUGAAGCGUUUCAUGUAUUUAGAACGUAAAUUUCAAGGAGAUCAAAAUUUUCGCGAUCAAUAUGCCGAGUUUAUGCGCGAGUACAUUGAAUUGAAUCACAUGUCUCUAGUCAAGGAAGACGACGCAUUAAAUGCGGUAUAUUUGCCACAUCAUGGCGUGGUUCGCGAAUCAAGUACGACAACAAAAUUGCGAGUGGUGUUUGACGCUUCCGCAAAAACUACAUCCGGUAUUUCCUUGAACGACACAUUAAUGGUGGGGGUAAACUUGCAGGACAAUAUAAUUGAUAUUGUCAUGCGAUUUCGUUUGCCGGCUAUCGCGAUUACUGCCGAUUUGAAGAAGAUGUAUCGUCAAAUUUUAUUGCAUUCGAGUGAUCGCGAUUAUCAAAGAAUUG